ACAUGAUAUUUGUCGAUUCCAAGGAAAUGGACUGUGCUUUGAUCUUUCACAGUUAAUGGAUCAGUAUUUGAAUGAUGAUGUCCUCAUAACAGGCCUGAUCACACCAUGGAUCAGAUGACAAUGAUCUCUCCCACUUUAGAUUUCUCUAGAUCUGAAGAGGGAGGCAAUGUACAUGUUUCUGAGAGCCUGCUGACCCUUAUAGAGGACAGGAAGACGACUGAACAAUCAAUGGAGUUGCAUUUGGAGGCUCUGAAGGCCAAACGCAAGCAGCAGGUGGAGAAUUUAGAGCUUCAGCACCAGACAGGCCUGGAGAAGCGGGUCCUGCAGAACUCACUGCUGACCACCAGUGCUGAGUGGAUCCUUAAAACCAAUAUAGUGCAGCAGAGCAUCAGCGAUCAUGACGGGCUGGACCACAAACACCACAGCUCAAAGAUGGUUCUGCAAAAUUCUACCUCAAAUGGAAUCAAGGCAGCAAGAACUACUGGAAGCCAUUGUUUGGGAACCGAGAUAGAGAGGCAUAGGAAGCCUCUUCCCCAAGACUCACGGAAAGCCAAAGAGGAGGCAGAUUUGGCUGAGUGUCAGAAACAGUUCCGUGUGGCUCCCGUCCCUGAGCACAUCUCUAAAGCUCUUUACGAUGGCCUCAUCCAUGAACAAGAGCGCUUGAGGCUGGAAGGUCGUGAGCAGAGGAGAGAUUUCCUCUUGACCAUGCAGAAGCCCUUCAGGUUCCUCAAGAGGGAGGAGAAAAAGCGAGAGAGGCAGAGGGAGGAGAAAGCCUCUGCCAGUAAAAGUGUAAAAACAGAACCGGUUCACGUGAGGAAACCAAUACCGAAAGCAGUCUCAGACCCCAGGUUCUCUGAACGGUUGAAAGAACAGGAUCAGCAAAGGCAGAUUCGCAUUAAUCUGAGAGCUCAGCAGACUCUGAAAGCUGCUUCAGCUCCUAUUCAAAAGCAGGAAGCCAGUGCUGACAAGCAGCCUCGCAGCACUCAGAAGAGCAAAAGCAAGAUGCUUGGUUAUUUGGACCAAAAGCUCUCCUUCAGACCUAAAAUUAACACCACUGUACCUGACUUUGACAAGCUCCACCAGGCCUUUCAACAGAAGUCAAUGGAGAUGACAGAAAGGAGAGACGUUACUCAGUGUAAACCCUUCCAGCUUCGCACAUCCACACUACAGCCUCGCCACCGGAGUCCAGAAAACCCAAAGAAUUCUACAGACAAAGUGAAUAUAAAGAGAAGCAGUUCAUUUGGUGGCCUGACAUCCCUGUCUAUGGAUACUCUUCCAACGUACAUAACAGAUGCAGCCAGGAAAAGAUCUUUGGCUGUAAGGAGAUCUCUGGAGCUGAAGGACCUGGAGGAGCAGGAGAACGCAGACUGGAUGAAGCAGCACAGAAUCAGAUCUCAGGCCAUGAGCAAAGCAGUGGCGAUGAGAGCAAAAGCAAUGGACCCCCAUAAGAGUCUCAAAGAGGUCUACCAGGAGAAACUCAAACAGCAUCGGCUAGCUGAUCUGGAAAGAAUGAAAGAUUAUCAAAGAGAGCUGAAGGAAAUGAAAACACGAGUGACAGUGCGUCCAUAUCUCUUUGAGCAGGUUUCACAGAAAAAUGCCAAAAACAAUGCUGAACGCAGGUAUAGGAAUACUUUGGAACAAGCAGGCUUGGACGAAAACUUUGUGAGAUCAAAGGGAGACACAAAAAAGGCCAUCGAUGUGGACAAUGACUCUGCAGAUGAGGAUCAUUACAGCACUGAAAGUGAAACUCAAAGCGAAAAGAGUACAGGAAGUGAGGAAGACUGCAUCACAAAUGAAGAGGAAAAAGAAGGGAAUGUGGAAACCAAGGAGGAAGAGACGUGCUGAAAGAAGAUGUGUAUAACAUCUAUAUUCCAUAUGUGAAGGGGAGACUGUGGUUGAAAAAAAUCACUGGCGGAUAAUUUCAGUUUUCAAGGGGUCAUAAAAUGCUGUUUCAGCCUUUUAUAUUAAGUUCCUCAAUGGUACUUUGUAAAGUUUGCAUAGUUUCUUGUCACAAAAAUGUAUCAUUUUGCUAAACAGUUGAGUUUUACCAUUUUUUAAUCCAUUCAGUCGAUCUCCAGGUCUGGUGUGAUCACUUUUAACUUAGCUUAGCAUAGAUCAGGGGUGUCAAAAACAGAUCCUGGAGGACCGCAGCCCUGCACAGUUUAGUUCCAACCUUGCUUCAACACACUUACCUGCAGGUUUUUAAAGGCUGUUUCUCAAUUACAAGAAUGCAGAAAACGGACUCGCGUUCUUGUGAAGACCGGUCUUGAUCAGCUGAAUUGAUUAACAAAUGGUAAAACACAACAGUUUAACUCUAGUGCAGUUGUAAAAAGAGUCUAUUCUCCAAGAAAAGAGGAGUGAUCCUUUAAAAGAUAUGUUGCAGUCAUCUACUCUAUUCAGCUGUUAAUGCUAAAAUGGUAACCACUCAACGCUAUUCCAUUGAAGGAAAGUUUGAGCAUAAAGCCUAUAUACAGUUGCGUGCACAUGAACAAUUUUUUUUAUUAUAUUCCAAAUUCACUACUUUAAGAACAGUCUUGCACUUGUUGUAAAUUAGUUGGACGUUUGUGAGAAGUUGGAUGUUCAUAUAUAAAUAAAUUUCGCAAUUAUUAGUUAACAGUCCUACAUCUUUACCAUACAGCUGUAUCACUCUUUUAAAUGAUAGACAAUAGUCAUAAGUGUAGAAAAUAUUUGUUCAUGUGUCAUACUGUGGAGUUUUGAGUUAAGAAAAAUUGUUUAGACCUUGUACGUCAUGAACAUUUAGAUUUUCCAUUCUUUACACGUUUUAAACUUAUAGUCUAAGGCAAAAUUAUUAGCUCUCCUGUGAAAUUUGAAUUCUUUUUUGCAAAUGUUUUCCAAUUGAUGUUUAACAGAGCAAAGAAAUUUCCACAGUAUUUCCUAUAAUAUUUUUUUUCUUCUGGUGAAAGUCUUAUUUAAUUUAGUUUGGCUGGAAUAAAAUCAGUUUUCACAUAAAAAGAAAAUAAUUAAGGUUAAUAUUAUUUGCCACUUUAACCAUGUGGUCUGAUGACUUGCUUAACUAACCUUCCUGUAACUUCCCUAGUAUUAUAUACUGUAUACAGUAAAUGCUGUAGAUGUGAAAUCUAGGAAAAAUAUAUAAUUUGUCUAGAUUUUACUGUAUUUUUUAAUACAAAUUGUGCCAGUGAAGCAGUCUGGGUCUUUGUACAGCUAAGCACUACAUAUUGUAUUGUUUUUACAAUAGAGAGGGGAUUAUGAAUGUUCAAGAAAUUCCAUAUGGCUGUCAUAACAUUUUUAAUAAAACAGAAAAUCAAAAGCAAGUUUAAUUUUAUGAUUCUAAGUUUGUUAGGGGGCUGCCGACCAACAAAGAAUGAAUAAUCCCCAGAAAAAACAAAACAAAAAAAACCUUGGCAACAAGAGGAGCUGCAUAUUAAAAGCAGUAUAUUUGCUUGAGUUGAGCUUACUGCACUUUAAAUCAUCUUGUAAACCACAGAAACAGCUCUUGGGCACCCUCGAAGUUUGCAAAUGGUAAAUUGGGGAAGCCUCUUGGCAUAAGCUCAUCUUCCACCUGGAGUCUCUCAAAUGUGCCUUUGAGUGUCUGCUAGAAUUAUGAACUAUAACCGUCACAGAGACUAGCUUUAUUCACCAAACUCCAUUUGAAUAAGCACACAAAUAACAUUCUGGGAGUCUUAGUACAAGGCCCAUCUGAAAUUCUCAUUCCUGAAGUCAGGCUAUUUUGAGUGUCGUAGCUCUGGUCGAGUAAACAGUCCUGCAUAUUUAUCCGCUAUUGGAAAAAGAGCUUGCGCUAGUGCAUUUGGCCACAUCAAGAGUUUGUUUUUUAUUUUUUAUUUUUAACUCCAACUGGCCUUCACGUUAAGCAUUUCUUCAGUGAUCUUUGAGGAAUUAAAGGAAUUUGUGUUUCUUUGUAUAGGCUCCGAAAGGUCGUAGUUAUUUUGAAGAAUUCAAGGCAUAAUUUAUGCUUUUGCUUUAGCGCGAUAAUCUCAUGAUGACACAUAAUUACUUUAACUGAGCCGUGUAGCAUGUAGGACAUUUAAAGGCUAAAAUACAACUUUUAGAGAAAUUAUGAUAACCAGUCAUGUCCUUUUUUGUAAAUUGUAUGUUUUGUGGUUGAAGGAGUGAUGACACUGAAAAAGGCCUUGUCCUCAUAGGGCUGGAAUCUAAACUAGACAAUAAUCCAGUGCAUUUGGAAAUCACUGCCCAGUUCAACCUGAUGACACAUAUCCAUUUUGUUUUGGAAAAAAAUGUGGAAUUUAAGUAGAAAUAGAAGUAGAAGGGCUUUUUUCCAACUUGCAAAGUACACUUGUAUGUAUUGAUAUGUACACUUGUAUGUAUUGUAUGUAAAUUUAAAUUGUUAUUUUUCAUUUGCUACACUCUUCCUUUUCUUUUCAAAUUACCUUUGUGUAUGAUGUGGAAGAUUACAGAUGUCAAUGGGGUCAUUACAGAUAACUUGAAAGGCAUUUUGAUUAAACUAAAACCCAAUAUGGGGUUUUAAAGUAAAACUGAUUACUU